AUGGAGCGAGCGGGGCGGCGCGGCCCGGCCCUGGGGUGCCCCGCCUGGGGGGCUCUGCUGCCUCCCGUCCUCCUCCUCCUCAUGGCAGCAGAAGAUUGUUUGGCUCUGUGUGAUAAUGACUGCAAAGCUUACUGCUGUGAUGGGACUACUCCCUACUGCUGUUCAUAUUAUGCCUACAUUGGGAAUGUCUUUUCAGGCACAGCCAUAGCUGGAAUUGUUUUUGGCAUAGUGUUUAUGAUGGGAGUGGUUGCUGGGAUUGCCAUCUGUAUCUGCAUGUGCAUGAAGAGCAACCGUGGCACUCGAGUAGGGGUCAUCCGAACGACGCACAUCAACACCAUCAACACGUUCCCAGUGGCUCCACCAGCAUACAGUUAUGAAUAUGGAAUGGAAUACCCAGCUGACCUACCUCCACCUUAUACUCCAACCCCACAGACUGUAAUACAGUAUCCCCCACCCCCUCCAUACCCUGGAUAUUCAGGGAAAUAAUUAACUUGGCUUUACAUGGACACAGCCAGCACUGUUGGGACAAUGCUAUUGGCUCAGGGACAAACAGGAUUGGGUUUUCCGUAACAAGGUGGCCAGGUGUUGAAAUAAACUAGAAAGACUGCCAAGGCUCAGGAUGAAUAAAAAUACUGUCCACUCCAGACAUCAUGUUUCAUGAUUAAACAGCAUGUGACCAAAGAAACAGUUCCUGUAAGUUAGUGUCUGAUAAGUGCUCAACACCAGUUCUUGCUUCACCUGCAGCACAUGGGAGUGGGGCUUUUCCCAUGAAGAAAUGUGCAAGUGGUUCAGCAAAGUGUUUCAAAAGCACAAGAGGCAGGUGCUGGGGCUUAUUCUGGGGGAAAGUGUCACCUCUUGUCUUGAAAUAACCACUAUGCCUUUCCUUGAAAUGAGGGGAAUAAGCAAGAACAAGGACUAUUGAAGCUUUUUUCCAUUUCUACUUCCAGCUGAUAAUACCCAAUGAUCACUGUGCAUAUUGAUCUGACAAGUGUAUUACAAGGAAAAGUGCUGUUAGAGUUUUUUGGUAAUUAAAAAAUGAUGGGUAUUAUUUUUGGCCAAGUGCAGAUUUUUUAAGUGCCUCUUUUUAAGCAGUUUGUGACUAGUUUAUGAACUGAAAUGUUAACAUAAGGAGAAUUUUUGUAUGUGAAAUAUACUAAUUUAUAACCGAUUUACCUUUACCUGGACUUAAAAGAUCUAUACAUUGGAAAUAUGUUAAAAUGCCUUUUAUAUCAGCAAAUGAUAUUUUGAUUUUAGUAUAAAAAUACUGAAUCAGCAAAGCCCAGAAAUGGAAGGAAAAAAAUGCAAAACAAAUAUUAAAACAUCCCAGAUUUGAUUUCAGUACAAUUGCAUAAAGCCAGGGUUUCUAAAUCAUAUUAUGUACCAGUAAUGAGGAUAUUCAGCAAAGAGAUGAGGGUAGACACUGUGAGCAUAUGAUUACUUUUGAAUGUGUUUUGGGCAUUUUAUAACUGUAGGUCAUCAAGUAACACUUUUGUCAUUUGUCAGGCACAUUGUUCAAACUUACUUAUUCUCUACUAUAUGCAGUCCAGAUCUUUAUGAUUUAAAAUGUUCCAUGUACUUAUGAAGGUAACUGUAAUUCUGCAGGAGCUAUUUGACUUCAGAAUAGGAUAUUCCAUUGCCUAAAGCAUCAUCCUUCAGCAUUAAGGCUAUUAUUUUUCUCAGGUUUGUAGGCAAACCACAAAGAGUGGGUCUCUUCAAGAAUUUAAAACUGCUGAAUGCUCCUAGUUUGAGUUGGAUGUCUAAGCAGUUUGAGAAUGCUACAGUUAUGGCAUCAACUGCAGGUUACUGCUGGUUCACUGAGAUCAGAAUGCAUUUAAAUGUUUUCCAGUGCAGCCUUUCUCUUCUUUUCAAGUGUAUCCAUGUAGUAACAAAUAAAAAAGCAGCUUGCAAAAAGGAAAUACUGUAUGCCAGUGAAAUCAACCUCUCACAAUCUCCCAAGUCUGCUGUUUUUGGUAUUCAGUCCUGAUUCAGGGAAGAAUUGAAACAACAUCUAACUGAGCAUAAAAUUUAUUCAGAGGCAUUUCUUGGAAUAAGACCUUACUGACUGUUCUUGCUCAGAUUUUUCAGUUAUGUUUGUCCUUUCCAGGCUGACUAAACUUACGCUCUUGAAACUCCACUUAAAAGUGCAGAUGGCCUCAGUCCCUGCCAUGUAAGUCAAGAAGAUGUGUUGUGCCAUUGGCCACACUGAGUCCAGAAGCUACCAAGGGUCUUGUCACCUAGUCAGAGGAAAACUGGACUGAUUCUCAGGUGUUUGGUUGCUGCUGGUUCCUUGGAGUCUUCUCCGAGAAAGGAGAGUUACCUUCUCAUUUCUGUUCUGCUAUUCAGAGGUGACAAGUCCUGAACUGGCCUGUCCUUGCAAUUUCUUCUGCUCUGGGCAUGUCCUGUGACAUUUCAACUGUUACCCUGAUCCCAGUGGAAUUCCUCCCAUGAAGAGCAACCCUCUGUGUGUGGUGUUUUGGCAGUUCCUACUCAAAACCAUGUGUUGGAGUGUUGAUGUGUCUGCCAACAUGGUGACCAGCAUGAAGAACAGAAUAAACACAGCUUUUCCUGCA